CUACAAUCGAAGAGCACAUGCAAGAUCCCUAUAGUGACGAUUUUAGUCCAUUUCUUGAUUUCCAUUGGCUUCUUAAAUCCCUUUUUCCCCUUAUGUACUCCAAUGCUAGGAUAGACUAUAUCAACAGAAUUGGUCUAGUCUUUACAUUAAACGGUACAGAUCAGAGCCUUAAGCCUAUUCUUCUCGCAGCCCACCAAGACGUUGUCCCUGUUGAUGACCCCUCUAAGUGGACGUACCCACCAUUUUCGGGGCAUUUCGACGGUGAAUGGCUCUGGGGCCGCGGAGCAAGUGAUUGCAAAAAUCUGGUAAUUGGGGCUACUCUCGGUGAUUGAAGAUUUAUUAGCCCAGGAAUGGCACCCAACCCGUACCAUCAUGCUUGCAUUUGGCUUUGAUGAAGAAAUCCAGGGGCAGCUUGGUGCAAGGUCAAUUUCCUCCUUCCUUGAGCAAAAAUAUGGACAAUACAGCUUUGAAUUCAUCUCUGACGAAGGUGGUAUGGGUUUUGAAAACCUUGCUAAUGACGAAGGGGACGAUGACAUGGUUUACGCCCUUCCAAGUAUAAGUGAAAAGGGUAGUUUGAAUGUUGUCUUGGAUCUUUCAGUGUCAGGUGGGCACAGCUCUGUACCUCCGCCUCAUACAGGUAUUGGAAUAUUGUCCGAGAUUAUUUAUUUCCUCGAAAGAGAAAAGCCUUUUGCGCCCCUCCUUGGCGAAACACAUCCGUCUCGCCGAAAGCUAGAAUGUCAGGCGAGGCACUCACCAAACUACGUUGAACCAUGGCUGGCAGAUAUACUGCAAUCCACCGACUAUGCGUUUGCAGCAGAGGAACUAGCCUUGUCAAGAGGUCCUGAGUUUAGAUUUCUGCUGCAAACAUCGCAAGCGGCUGAUAUUUUUAACGGUGGUAUGCAAGCAAAUAAUUUGCCAGAGAAUAUAUCAGCUUCGGUUAAUUAUCGGAUUGCCAUGCAUGAAACACCAGACACGGUUAAGUCUCGCGCUAUUCAGAUCAUCACUCCUAUUGCUCAGAAACAUAAUCUAACCUUAUUUGACUUCGGGGAUAACCCCACAUCCAAAGGAAAUAGCUAUAUACAACUGUCAACAGACAGGAUUGAGCUGCGCCCAGCACCCGUGAGAACAGGCAGGGCACUGGAUAUACAUGGGAUUGAUGAAAGAAUUGCCAUCGAUGCACAUUUGGAGACUAUGGCUUUCUAUUAUGAACUGAUCCGUGCUUUCGAUAUACCGGACGACUCCAGCGAACAGGCUCAUGAUAAGUAGCUGACCAUGGUGAAUCGUUGGGUUGGCAGCUGGGAACGGAAAAUCUUGUGGAAUUUGGGAUAGAAUUGGAAGAUCCCAAUGCGCAUCCCAGAAUCUCAAAGUAAUGCCAAAGAAUAACUCGGGAGUUCGCUUUUUUGAAAUAGUAAGGGAUGGGAUACCCAGGGCUGUUUUUAAGUUGAUAUUUAAGCGGGAAUCCCUUCCUGUGCAGAAAUCCGGAUUUGGCGUCCUGUUCAAGCCCUACUGUUGAGGUGAGAUAGGAAACAGGAUAUCAAGAAUGGGAUGGGUUGAACGGGUC